AUGAUAAGGUCACCCGACUACUUACAGGCUAUACUUCACUGUAGUUGGUUCCGGAUGUCUUUACUGAAACAAUCGGGUGUCGUAGGUGCACCCAUCAUGUCUGAUCCAGAGAUAGCUGCUAUCGCCAGCAAGAAUGGUGUGUCGCCCGCUAUCAUCCUCAUCAGUCACCAUGUCAGCAAAGGAACAGUCGUCUUACCUAAAUCCGUUAGCGAGGAGCGAAUGACAGAGAACAGGAAGGUUAUCAAGAUCUCAGCCGAGGAUCUGGAGAAGCUCGAUGCCCUUGUUGCCAAUGGAAAGGCCAAACGUAUCAACACUCCUCUUUGGGGUUGGAACCUUGGCUUCGACGACUGGUACGGUCCUAAAAAUUAA